CCUUUGUGGACUUUCAUUGAUUCACGACUGUUCAGUUUGAGCGUAUCAGAAUGCAGAAGCUUGAAUUUCUAUUGCUGCUAUUCUUAGCAACCUUCCCCAUCACUUUUUCCAUCACUGAUGGUCUGCUUCCCAAUGGCAACUUCGAGCUUGGUCCUAAGCCAUCACAACUGAAGGGCAAAGUAGUCACAGCUCGCGACGCCAUACCCGAAUGGACCAUUUCUGGGUUCGUUGAAUACAUAAGAUCAGGCCACAAACAAGGUGACAUGAUGGUGAUUGUGCCUGAGGGAGACUCUGCUGUGAGGCUUGGAAAUGAAGCUUCCAUUAUGCAGAAAGUGAAGCUUGUGAAGGGAAUGUACUACUCCAUAACGUUCAGUGCAGGUCGUACGUGUGCACAAGACGAGAAGAUUAACGUAUCUGUCACUCCCACGAGUGAAAAGAGGAACUGGGGCGUGUUUCCCAUUCAAACAGUGCAUAGUAGCCAUGGAUGGGAUUUUUAUGCUUGUGGGUUCAAAGCAGAUCACCCAGAAGUGGAGAUUGUCAUCCACAAUACUGGUGGGGACGAACAUCCUGCUUGUGGACCUGUUAUUGACUCUGUUGCCUUGGCGGUCUUGAACCAUUCUAAGAGAACAAAUGGGAAUUUGCUGAAAAAUGGGGACUUUGAGGACGGUCCAUAUGUGUUCCCAAACACAAAUUGUGGGGUCCUGAUCCCACCCAACAUGGAUGAUCCUCACAGCCCUUUACCAGGAUGGAUAGUAGAGUCUCUCAAGUCUGUGAAGUACCUAGACUCUGAUCACUUCUCUGUGCCUAAGGGCAAAAGAGCCAUUGAGUUUGUUGCAGGAAAAGAGAGUGCCAUUGCACAAAUUGUCAGAACACAGACUGGCAAGAUUUAUGAUCUGUCAUUUGCUGUGGGCGACGCAAACAACGCUUGUGAAGGCUCCAUGACUGUGGAGGCAUUUGUAGGCACAGAAACUGUGAAGGUUUCUUAUGAUUCGAAGGGCAAAGGAGGGUUCACAAGAGGGAGGCUUCGGUUUAAGGCAGUGUCCUCUCGCACUCGCAUCACCUUCUUUAGCUCAUUUUAUAGCAUGAAGAUUGAUGGCUCGCUUUGUGGACCUGUUCUUGAUGAUGUCAAAUUGUUGAGUGUUCGUUAUCUUAGACAUCCUUAAUUGUAUUAACUGUGAAUCUUGAGGUGUUUCACUUUCAAAAGCUCACCAAUUAGCCUAUGAUAUAUACUUCGUUAUAGCCUUCCAAAAUUCUUGUGAUAAUUGUG